AGCAGAUAAGUUGUGGCCCUAUGUAGCUUCCUAAAUUGUUGGUUGCUAUCUGCUUAGGUGCUUGUGGUUACCAAAAUAAGGCAGAUGCCUUCAAAGAGAUGGUUCAUGUGGCACCAAACUUCCCUACUUAAAGUCUUCCAGAUUACAGGGAAGAUGCUUCAUUUUGCAAUUAGUAGGUUUAUGUCUAACAAGAGCUUUCCUAAGCCCCCAGUGAUCCCUGGUUGUACCUGAGAAGUACCAUUGGCUCAUCCUCUAAAAGCUUUCGCUGAAGAUUUGUUUUAGUCCUGUGUGCAAAUCAUAUUUGAGAAGCUUAAUUUUCAUGGAUUCAACUCCUAGCCUUUGAAACUAGAGGGAUAAAAGAUGCUAAAGGGUGCCUCUGCUGUGACCCAUUGGGCUUAGAAAUGCUCACUUUACCUCCUACUUUGCUGGAUUGGAUUUAAAGGGUCAGUCUUGGGCAAUGCUGUUGCACACCAAGAUGUCUUGGAGUGUCAGUGAGCCUUCCUUUCUGCUUUGCAGCCUGGUUGUGUAUGUAUGCCCUACUCUCAAGGGCCUUGUUUGUGGAAACCUCUAUCAGUGCUCUGCUAGAAAUGAGUGGGAGAGCAGGGAGACCUCCAUGUGGCUGCAGCCUGUGCUUAAUGCAGGUGUGCUUAAUCAUUCUGCUUCCACCUCUUCCUCACAUUUCAAGCUCAGUGCCUUGUUUUCUCCAUGCAGGAUUACUUGUAAUUUCCUAAGUAUUUUCCUAUUUCAAAUGCCUGGCUGGUGCAGCCACGCUGCAUACUAGACUGGGGAAAGAAGCCAGGCUAAAACUAACUCCUGGUGGUAUGGCUUUAACUACGUGGGUUCCCUAGCCCAGCUGGGGAACUGUCUAGGCUGGUCUGAAUGGGAAGUGCGAGGCUGGGGGACAGGUGGCUGCAGCUUGUGUAAGCCAGCUAGUGGGGCUGAACCUAAGGGCUGACCUGUGAUGAGAUGCAGCUUGUUAAGAGGUCUUGUGCUAAGAACCCCAGAAUGCUACUGAAACAAAACCCAGCUGGCUUAGGCACAAGCCCAGUGCAGCAAUGCAACUCCCUCUGCCAGCAUGGUUGGGUUCCAAUGGCAGCUCCAUGGAGAAAUCUAGGUUGCAAUGAUUGAGGCUGGCUGCAUGGGCUUGGAAAAGGCUGCAGCAAAGCAUUGGGCUGGGCUGCAUUGAGUUGCAAAGUGAAACUAGUAUUUGGUAGGCAUGUACUUGCAUCUGACUUGAGGUUGUGAUUGGGCUGAAUUUCUGUAGGAAAUGAAUCCCUUCUGCCUCAUGUCCUGCUUGCCAGAAUAUUGUGUGAUGGGGGCUGAUCUUUAAGAUGGUAGAGAACCUGGUGAUGAGAUCCUGCUGACCACAGGGAGGGAGGGUUGCCUGCUCCUGGCAGGGCUGUGGGCUUGAGCAGAGGCUUGUGUGCUGCCAUAAUCACAGGAAUGCUGCAUAUUCAUAUGGGCAAGUUGUGGUUGCUGUGGGAACUGAGUUGUCUAAGCAAUGUGCUUUUGUCCUCUUCUCCUUACAGCUGGGUUGCUAAUGCUUUUAGGGCUUGUCCAAAAGUAAAAACUGUACUAGAGGAACUAAUGCAGUAAAACACCCAGCUGAAGAUGCAGUGUGUGAUACUGUCAGAAAAAUACUCAGUGCUGUUACAGGUACUUGGUUGAAAUGUGACUGAGUUGGUGUUGCAGCUUGUCCUGGUAAUACUAGGAGAGCAGGAGAACCUGUGGAUGCUAUCCUAGUCAACUCCUGUACUGUUUUACCCUGUCACAUCCUGAACGUGGAGCUUGGGCUCCUGAAACCACCUUAGGAUGAAAGUGAGGGCCUCACCUUGGUGCUGGGUGAGUGGAAGAGGACACUGGGGUGUCUGAGAUGGCAUGUGAGGGAUAACAUGAUGGGCUGGAGCUGCACAUCACAGGUUGUGCAUAUGAUGGCACGGUGGGAGGGAAGGGGGCAGGGGGAGGAGGAGACAGCUGCCACCACCAAGGAGCCAGCUUAUAAAUACCCUCUGACUCAGAUUUUUGGAGCAUCGUGUGGUUUCAUCAGCCCCCAGAUCCCACACUAAGCUGGAAUUUGCAGGCUAUGAACCUGCUGUGUUUCCUUAGGCUGUUGGCACAGGCUUAAACUGAGGCAGGAGCCUGCUGUCUCCAGUACUGUAGGCUUGUGCAGGGAGGGGAGGGAUGGGGGAGAGCAGCGGGUGGAAGGGAAAUAGGCUGUGGAAAAUCCCAUUGGGAAGUGGGAUUGGUGUGCUGCACUCAUACAGACUGGAGUGGGAUAAUGUGCUUCCCUCUCAGUAGUUUGGGGGGGGUGAGAGGGGGUUUGAAGGUUAUCCUUGUUACUCAGUGGUAAACAAUGCAGAGUCAGGGUGACAGAGUGGCUGAGCUGAACAGAUGAUGCUAGCAGAAUUGUGAAGCUUUGCGUUGGGCUCUGAAUUGGAGCCAGCAGCUGGAGGCUGUCCAGGACUAAAGUGUUUUUUGGGUUUGUGGGUGGAAGGGAGGCGGGGACGGGAGAGCUGGGUAGCACUCAAACUAACUGUCUGCUUUGUCGUUGCUGGGGGGAUUGCUGUCUGCUGUGCUGUGAAGCUCUGCUUUGUGCUGCCUGGCUUACCGGAGCUGUGCCCUUUCCCUCCUGCCUGCUGCCUUCUCUUUUGGGGGAAUCCAUCCUUUCUUCUUACCUCUAUCUUGUAAGAGCUGAUGCGGUUCUGUUGCAUGGCUGAGUGACGUCACUGUCAGCACAACUUCCAGGACUCUGACGAAGCAGUGGCGAGCAGGAUGCUUUUCCCCACAUCCACGCAAGAGUCUUCCCGUGGCCUCCCUGACACCAACGACCUGUGCCUUGGCCUGCAGUCCCUUAAUCUUACGGGGUGGGACAGACCUUGGAGCACCCAGGACUCUGAUGCUGCAGCACAAACUAGCCCACAAUCUGUUCUCAGCAUGCUGAGUAGCCCUCUGGGGAACGUCCUGGGGAAGCCCCCACUGGGUUUCCUGCCCCUAGACCCCAUCGGCUCAGACAUAUCAGAAAAGUUUUCUGCGCCGGCACUGAGGAAUUCCCGCCUGGAUUCCCGCUCCCUCCUGGACUCGCGUUCCAGCAGCCCUUCUGACUCAGACACCAGUGGGUUCAGCUCGGGCUCUGACCACCUCUCAGACUUGAUUUCGAGCCUUCGCAUCUCCCCACCUCUGCCCUUCCUGCCCCUCAGUGGGGUGUCAAGAGACCCCCUUAAGAUGGGAGUGGGAUCACGGAUGGAUCAAGAUCAAGCUGCCUUGGCUGCAGUCACUUCCCCUCCAGCCAGUGCAUCAAAAAGAUGGCCUGGAGCUUCUGCGUGGCCUUCUUGGGAUCUCCUGGACUCUCCAGAAGAUCCCUUCAGUAUUGAAAGAGAAGCCAGGCUGCACAGACAAGCAGCAGCUGUGAAUGAAGCGACCUGCACCUGGAGUGGGCAGCUGCCCCCAAGAAACUACAAGAACCCUGUCUACUCCUGCAAAGUGUUCCUAGGGGGGGUCCCGUGGGACAUCACAGAAGUUGGACUGAUCAACACCUUCCGUGCGUUUGGCUCACUGAGUGUGCAGUGGCCUGGUAAGGAUGGCAAACACCCACGCUGCCCUCCCAAAGGUAAUAUGCCUAAAGGAUAUGUUUACCUGGUCUUUGAAUCAGAGAAGUCUGUGCGUGCUCUGCUGCAGGCGUGCUCACAGGAUCUGCUGAGCCCCGAUGGGCUCAGUGAGUACUAUUUCAAGAUGUCCAGCCGCAGGAUGCGCUGCAAAGAGGUGCAGGUGAUCCCAUGGGUGCUGGCAGACAGUAACUUUGUGCGCAGUCCCUCCCAGCGGCUGGAUCCCAGCAAAACGGUGUUUGUUGGGGCUCUGCAUGGGAUGCUGAAUGCAGAGGCCCUGGCAGCUGUCAUGUGUGACCUGUUUGGAGGGGUGAUCUAUGCUGGCAUCGACACGGACAAGCACAAGUACCCCAUUGGGUCUGGCCGUGUCACCUUCAACAAUCAGCGCAGCUACCUGAAGGCAGUGACUGCUGCGUUUGUAGAAAUCAAAACGACCAAGUUUACUAAAAAGGUUCAGAUCGACCCAUACCUGGAAGACUCCAUGUGCCAAGUCUGCAGUGCUCAGCCUGGCCCUUUCUUCUGCAGGGACCAGAUCUGCUUCAAGUACUUCUGCCGCUCCUGCUGGCACUGGCAACACUCCAUGGAGGUCCUGCGUCACCACCGCCCGCUGAUGCGCAACCAGAAGAACGGGGACUCCAGCUAAAGCGGCUGUCGGGGUGCGGGCGCGGGGGAAAGUCCUUUUGUUAACCUGCCAAGUGGAGAGCGCAUGAGCGUGCCUGCUGGUGCCAGACCCAGGCUGGGAACGCGCUUCCUGAGGACUAAUGGGAAAAUCUUACAUUCACGUUUGCACUUGCUGGUCUUUUUGUUUCUGCACUAAUGCACAGUGAAUUUUGUCGGGUUUUGUUUGGGGUUUUUGAGGGGGGGGAGUGCCCCCUCAAGCGAUUCUGCAGUUCCCAGACUUUGGUUCCUAGUUUGACGAGAAGCAAAAAGGGCCACGUGUUGAGAAGGUGUUUAUGCAGAUGCCUUCACCUAGGUUUUUUAUUUAUUAAAGGCGCUUUUUUACAUUCCUUGCAAUACUGAUGGUAAUAAUGCAGGUCUCAUUGGCUCCAUUUUUUUGCAGUUGCCAUACAGUGCCUUUCCAUUCAUUUAACCCCCAUCUGAACGGCAUAAACUGAAUGUUCAGCUGGCGUUUUUUACUGUAACAACAAGGAGACUUUGCUCUUCAUUUAAACCAAAUCAUAUUUCAUAUUUUACGCUCAAGGGUUUUUACCAGUUCCUUUUUACACUCUUAAACAGUUUUUAAGUCGUUUGAAAUGAGAGAUUUUUCUUUCCUGGCAGCUUUUAACAUUAUUGCAAUUUGUGUCUGGGGGCUGCUGGUGGGAAGUUGUAAAUCGAGGCGUUUGCAACAGAAACAGGACAGGAUUUCUGGAUUUGAAACUGGACCGGAUAAAUGAUCUCUGAGCUGCUGUAUAUAGUUUUAAAUAGUUUGUUGCACUUAAGGGGGGUUGAUAGAGGUUUUUAAUCACAAAGUCACAGGACUUACUUUCCUUUUGUAACUAGCUAAAAAAGGGCUGCGUUUCGGUGGAUGGAUGGAGGUUCAUAGGAGCCCUUUCUCUUAGAGGGGACAAGUACUCUUCCUUUUGUUUCAGAAAUGUAUGAAGUAAUGGUGCAGUCGACUGAAAUGCUGCUGGGAUUUGAGAUUUUUUUUUUACUUUCCCCUCUAUCAGAAGCUGUGUGCCAAAGAACCAGUGUCAUAAUUUCUCCCUCUCCUGCUGAGCUGAUGUUGCAUUGUUGCAUAUCCCAGCUGCUCUUUGUGGGGUUUUCGUGAAGCUGUGUGUGAAGUCUCUACCUCAUUGUAGUAUAUGCAGGCAAGACUGCACUCUCCUACAGACGCGUGGAGUAAGCUGUGGUGUACUUUUUGGCACAUAAUAAACACGUUGCAGCAAAAAA